GCAAAGAGUGAGUGAGGGUAGUAGUAGUAGAAGAAGUGGAAUUGAUCAAAGGAAAAAGGAAAAAAUGCAUUCAUAUGGAUACAGAGCGAAUGCUGUGUUAACCUUCAGCUUAACCCUUCUUGCCGUUAUGUGCGCCAUGGCUUCUCUCUCCGACAACCGCAAUUCCCCCUCUCCCUCUGCCCAUGUUCAGGUCUUGAACAUUAAUUGGUUUCAGAAGCAUCCCAAUGGCGGCGACGAGGUUAGCAUGGCAAUGAAUAUAUCAGCAGAUUUGCAGUCUCUUUUCACAUGGAACACGAAACAGGUUUUUGUAUUCUUAGCUGCUGAAUAUAGAACCCCUAAGCAUUCCUUGAAUCAGAUAUCGUUGUGGGAUGGUAUAAUUCCUUCAAAGGAGCAUGCUAAGUUUUGGAUUCAUACAUCCAAUAAGUACCGUUUCAUUGACCAGGGAAGCAAUUUGCGAGGUAAAGAAUUCAACUUGACAAUGCACUGGCAUGUUAUGCCCAAGACUGGCAAAAUGUUCGCUGACAAAAUAGUCAUGCCAGGGUAUCGAUUGCCAGAGGAAUACAGAUGAAGCUUCCAUUUGUUAAUGUAUUGAUGUAACUUUAGCCUUUUCUAUAACGGAUAUAAAGGUUAGCCAAAAAAAAUUACAAUAUGGGAAAACUGAAAAGGAUAUGUUGUUUGGCAAAAGGUAAAAUGAAAAUAGUUGGAAUACUGUGAUUCUUUUU